CCAUACACACCAAACAAAACAACCACAGAAAAAGGCUAAUUGGUUCAUGACUCAAACGGAGGAUCCAAAUCCCAGAACAACCUUUUCGCAAAAAAAAAAAAAAAUCCCACAACAACCAAAAUCAGAUCCCUCCUACCAAAACGAGUACAACACUAAUGAAACUACCUUUGAUGCCUUAGCAGAAGUCGAGUAGUCCUAUAAAACACAAGUAGAUAGAGUGAGCAAAGCAUAGCAGUUGGGUUUUUCUUUUUUUCUUUUAUUUUUUAUUUUUGACUAUGGAUUACGAGCAACAAAGAAAGGCCGGAUCUUCUUCCUCUUCUUCUUCUUCUUCUUCUCCUUGUUCGGUUCCUUUGCUUGAAUCUUCUUCGAAAGGAACAGCUUCAAUAGCUCAGACACUUGGAAAUAUUAUAGUGUCUGUUAUUGGGACCGGUGUGUUGGGCCUCCCUUUCGCUUUCAGAAUUGCUGGUUGGCUUGCUGGAUUGUUUGGUGUUAUCAUUGUUGGGCUCUGCAGCUACUAUUGCAUGCUCCUCCUUGUUCAAUGCAGACGAAAGUUGUCAUCAGAAGAAGAAUCAAUGGAUCUGAAGAGCUAUGGCGACUUGGGUUAUAAAUGUUUAGGAAGGACAGGUCGAUAUGUAGCAGAAUUCCUUAUUUUGAUUGCCCAAUGUGGAGGUUCAGUGGCAUAUCUGGUAUUCAUUGGACAAAACCUUUCAUCAAUAUUCAAAGGCUAUGGCCUCAACUUGGCGUCUUACAUAUUUUUGUUAGUCCCAAUUGAAAUUGGCUUGUCAUGGAUAAGCAGUCUAUCAGUUCUAUCACCUUUCAGCAUCUUUGCCGAUAUUUGUAAUUUGUUAGCUAUGGCAAUUGUGGUGAAGCAGGAUAUACAAAAAGUGGUAGGAGGUGAAUUUUCAUUUAGAGAUAGGACGGCGAUCACAUCCAACAUAGGAGGAUUGCCAUUUGCAGGAGGGAUGGCAGUGUUCUGCUUUGAGGGGUUUGGGAUGACAUUGGCAUUGGAAGCCUCUAUGAAAGACAAAUCCAGUUUCCCAAAGUUGCUAGCUACGGUUUUCACAGGGAUAACCCUUUUGUAUGCUUCCUUCGGAUUCUUUGGUUACAUGGCUUAUGGUGAUCAAACUAAAGACAUCAUAACUCUUAAUCUCCCCCAUAAUUGGACAUCUAUAGCAGUUCAGGUUGGCCUGUGCUUGGGAAUAAUCUUCACAUUCCCAAUCAUGGUACAUCCAAUUAACGAGAUUGUGGAAAGGAAUUUAGGGAAGGGAAAAUGGUUUCGGAAGCUCCACCAUAACAGUGAGUAUCCAACAACAAGAAUAGGAAAGUAUGCAAUGUAUAUGACUCGUGCAAUUUUGGUGGUGGUUUUGGCGGUCUUGGCCUCGUACGUGCCAGGGUUUGGUGUAUUUGUGUCGCUUGUGGGGAGUACUGUUUGUGCACUGAUCUCGUUUGUUUUGCCAGCCACAUUUCACUUGGUAUUAUUUGGUUCUUCUCUACAUUUCUGGCAAAGAGCCUUGGAUAUUUGCAUAUUAUCAUGUGGAUUGCUUUUUGCUGCUUAUGGUACUUAUAACUCUGUAGUUGGAGUUUGAAGGGUAUUUGGACCCAAUUCAUAAUUGAUUGCAGCCCUGAAAUUUUUUUUUUUAUUGAAAAAAAAAUGGAUAGAAGGUCUCCAAAUUAGUCUUUUUUCUGGGUUUGAAAUGGCAAUGUGUACAAUUGUAAUUUCCUUCUUAGUGGCUAUCAGCCUUUUGUAACCAAAUUGGGCUUUGGAAGCAACCCAAUUAGAUGCACCAUUUGGUGAGGAACGUAUUUGGGAAUAGGCAGAAAUACGAAGAAAAGAUUUCUACGUCCACAGUUUUGUUACUUUGUACACACAUUGAUGUGUUACAAAAUCCCUACGGCCCUGCGCAUGUAAUUUAUAUUGAUGAAUAUAGCUGUUGGCUGUUGCUAGCAGUUGCCUUUCUUGAA